ACUCUUUAUCCUCCUUGUCUUCCUAGAUAGCCUCCUCUCGCUACUCCAUAACACCAAGGUUUUUUCUACAAUACCAAAGUUCGUAUAUCUAAAAUCUCCUAUCCCGUAAUCUACGACAUCAUUUUUUAACAAUCUCAUAUACAAGGAGUGGAAGGGAACUAUUUUGAUUGGGGAUCUUGGCAUUUCUAAUCUGCAAAGGAACAAAAACCCAUAUGGAUCCCACAGGAGAAUCCAACUAUGUGAAGGCUACUCCAGCAUGGUCAAUCCCUUCCUAUGGUAUCCCUGAUCAUCACCAGCAAGGAUCAGGAGUGCAUGGUCUUGCACCCCAGAAUGGACCUCCACAUGAUCUGCAGGCAGAUGCAGCAAAGCUUUGCAAGCCUCUUGAUGUAGAUCCUUUAACUAUGGCAAGCCCAGAUGAGCCAGUGACUUACACCCCAGAAUGGCUCCUCAAUCAUCCAGCUUACAGCUUUGGCUGGAGAGUAUAUCAGUACGAAAAAAAGACGACCGGAGUAAAAUACAAGGUAUUGGAUACAAUGAUGAAGAUGCGCGACACAUUAAAGAAUGAGAUGAGCAAUUCUGUGAAUACAAUAAUGACUAAUGAAGAUGCGUAGACACAUUGAACAUGUAGAGAUAUAUAGCAGAAUGUCACAAAAAGUGAAAUAAAGUCCCAUCAGACCUUCAUCUGUUGGCCUAGAAAAGGCUAUAUCUACUAGCUUUAAGGGAAAUCAAUACCUUGAACUUUUUUAUCUUUGGAAUGCAAUAUGCUCAAAUAACUAGCUCUAUAUGGAA